AUGCUACAACCUCAGCGAGCUGGCACUGGCAGAUACCACCAAUAUAGUUUGAAGGAAGAAUGCUCUGGAGAUGCAGUUGUGAACCCUGUAAUUAUCUCAAACUAUCUUGCCAAAGAUGACACAGAUUUCCAUGUAGUGACAAAAAACUAUCAGCAUGUCCUGGUCUUGGCAUUUGCAAUGAAGGAAAUCAGUGAGAAUCCCAGGAUCUUACCAAAUGUUACAUUGGGAUUCUAUAUACUUGACAGCUACUUUAAUGAAAAGAUGACUUAUCAGACCACACUGAGCCUUCUCUUUAGCUUGAAAAGGAUUGUCCCCAACUAUAAGUGUGACAGGCAGAAGAAUCUGAUAGCUGCCAUUGGGGCACUUGACUCUGAAACAUCCCUUUACAUGGCCACCAUCUUAAGUAUCUACAAGAUUCCUCAGAUCUCUUAUUACUUAUUUGGUCCUGCUCCGAGUGCUAAAACCCAGUUCCCUUUCAUCUACCGAGUGGUCCCCCAUGAAGUGAAUCAGUACAUUGGAGUUGUGCAACUACUUCUGCAUUUCCAGUGGACGUGGGUUGGGAUUAUUACAUUGGAUGAUGAUCAAGGAGAUCAUUUUCUGCAGACUUUGAUGACAAAACUUUCCCAGAAUGGCAUCUGCUUGGCCUUCACUGACAGAAUACCAUCUCUAACAGACUUCUCUGAGUUAUCUGAUGUGUACCUAGACACUGGGCAUAUGCUCUGCCUUCUUAAAGACAGAAAAGCAAAAGUACUGAUUGUAUAUGCGGAAACUCUGUCCAUAUUGGGUUUGGUAAUCUUGCUGCACCAUUUAGACAAAAAACACAUGGCAGAGAUCUCUCAAGGCAGAGUGUGGAUUAUGACAGCCCAGUGGGACUUCUCAGCAGUACAAUUUCAGAGGAACUGGGGUAUAGAAGUCUUUCAGGGAGCCUUGUCUUUUGCAGUUCAUGCAAAUAAGGUAGAAUCAUUCAAAAAAUUCCUUCAGGCUUUAAAUCCUCACUCACUGAGUGGAGACAGUUUUAUCAGAGACUUCUGGGAGCAGGCUUUUGACUGUUUAUUUUCAGAUUUUCAUGUAGCUGGAGAGAGUGAUGGAACCUGCACUGGAAAAGAAAAGCUGGAGAGCCUUCCUGGACCAUUUUUUGAAAUGAGCAUGACUCCCCAAAGCUAUAGUAUUUACAAUGCUGUCUAUGUCAUAGCACAUGCUUUAGAUGCCAUGUACUCGUUGAAUCCCAAGUAUGGAGCAGUGACAGCACUUCCAAACCCUCAACCAUGGCAGCUUCAUCAUUUCUUGUGGAGAAUCUCUUUUAACAACAGUGCUGGGGACCAGGUGUCCUUGGAUGAGAAAGGUGAAUUGGAAAGUGGUUUUGAUAUUAUAAACUGGAUUACUUUCCCAAACAGAUCUUUCACAAGGCUGAAAGUAGGAAGGAUGGAUCCAUGGGCUUUCCCAGGCAGAGAGUUCAGUAUUAAUGAGGAGAUCAUCACAUGGCACACUGUAUUUAACCAGAUCCCGCCCUUUUCCAUCUGUAAUGACAAGUGCCUUCCAGGUUCUGUUAUGAAAAUGAAGGAGGGGGAGCCAUUCUGUUGCUAUGACUGUGACCCAUGUCCAAAAGGAAAGAUUUCUAAUAAAAAAGAAAUGAACAACUGUAUCAAAUGUCCAGAUGAUCAGUAUCCAAAUGAAGACCAGGAUGGAUGCAUUCCCAAGGCAUUAAACUUUCUGCAUUAUGAUGAACCAUUGAGCAUCGGUUUAGCUUCCAUAGCACUUUUGUUUUCUGUAAUCACAACUUUGGUCCUAGGGAUAUUCAUUAAAUACCACAACACUCCCAUCAUCAAAGCCAACAACCGUGGUCUCACUUACACUCUGCUCAUUUCUCUCCUGCUCUCCUUCCUCUGCUCCUUGCUAUUCAUGGGCCAGCCUGAGAAAGCAACCUGUCUUCUACAACAAAUACCAUUUGGCAUCAUCUUCUCCGUGGCUGUUUCUUCUGUGCUGGCAAAAACCAUCACUGUGGUUUUGGCAUUCAUGGCCACACAGCCAGGAUCCAGGAUAAGGAAAUGGGUGGGGAAAAGACUAGCAACCUUUAUUGUUCUCUCCUGUUCGCUUAUUCAAACAUCUAUUUGUACUGUGUGGCUUUGCAUUGCUCCUCCAUUUCCAGAUUUGGACAUGGACUCAUUAGCUGAAGAAGUUGUGGUUGAAUGUAAUGAAGGGUCUGUCCCUAUGUUUUACUGUGUUCUGGGGUACAUGGGAUUUCUGGCUGUAGUCAGCUUUGUUGUGGCUUUCUUUGCUAGGACAUUGCCCAGCACUUUUAACGAGGCCAAGUUCAUCACUUUCAGCAUGUUGGUGUUUUGCAGUGUGUGGGUCUCUUUUGUCCCAAUGUACUUGAGCACAAAGGGAAAAUACAUGGUGGCUGUGGAGAUCUUCUCUAUUUUAGCCUCUAGUGCCGGUUUAUUGGGUUGCAUCUUUGCCCCUAAAUGUUAUGUAAUUGUCCUGAGGCCUGAGCUGAACACUAAAGAGCAUUUAACAAGGAGAAAAUUGUAA